CCCCGCCCGCCCGGCAGUGACGCGAUGGCCUCGCAGGGAGGAGUCUCCGCCCUCCGCUCCCGCCAUCACCAAACUUUCCGCUGGCCCCGGCCGCCGCCGCCGCCUUCUCCCAGCACAUGGCACCGCCACCCCGGCGCUGAGCCCCGCCAGCACCCCCGGCCGGGGGCCGCCGCCGCAGGGAGCGGGGACAGCGCGGCCGCCGCCGGGCCAGCACCGCUGUCAGCGGCACCCAUCGCGGGGCUCUCGGGAGGACGGGGCAGAGCGGCGAGCGGCGGCCGGAGGCAGCGGAGCCGGUGCCCAUGUGCCCGCGGUCGCGGCGGGGCGAUGAAGCCGCGAUGAGCACGGCUGGCGAGGGCGCCCCGCGGCCCUGGAAGCCCGACCCGGGGCAGGCGGACGGGGGGCGGCCGCCGGGGCCGGCGCUGCCGCUGACCCUCAGCGUGCUGGCCUGGCUGGGCACGGGCACCACCAUGGCCGGCCUCAACAAGUGGAUUUUCGCGGCGCACGGGUUCCGCUACCCGCUGCUGCUCUCGGCGCUGCACAUGCUGUCCGGCGUGGCCGUGGGCUACCCGCUGGGCUGGGCACGGGCACCGGGCCCCCGGCCCCGCGCCAGGAUCUACCUGCUCAGCCUCACUUUCUGCACCAGCGUGGCCCUGGGCAACCUGGGCCUGAGCUACGUGCAGCUGGACGUGGCCCAGGCCGUGGCCACCACCACGCCGCUGGUGACGCUGGUGCUGGGGGUGCUGGGGGGCCGGCGGCCGCACCCGCUGCAGUUCUGGGCCAUGGGGCCGGUGUGUGCCGGGGCCGCCUGCAGCAUCGCCGGCGGGCUCUGCUUCUCCCAGCCCGGCUGCGGCUUCCUUCUGGCCGCCACCGUGCUCCGCGCCCUCAAGUCCAUCCAGCAGAGUGUGCUGCUGCAGGAGGACCGUCUGGAUGCAUUGUCCCUGCUCGGCCUGACGUCCCUGCCCAGUUUUGUGCUGCUGUUUGGGGCGGCCGUGGCGCUGGAGCUGGGCCCCUCGUGGCAGGGCGUCCUUCGCCCCGACGCCGCGCUCUGGGGCUGCGUCCUGCUCAGCUGCCUCGGCUCCGUCCUCUACAACCUGGCCACCUCCUGCCUCCUGUCCCUCACCUCAGCCCUCACGCUGCACCUCCUGGGCAGCCUCACCGUGGUGGGCAACCUGCUGCUGUCGCGGCUGCUGUUUGGCACGCGGCUGGGCGCGCUGGGCUACGCCGGUGUGGCGCUGACGCUGGCCGGGAUGGUGCUGUACCACCAGCCUCGGCUCCUGGCUGCCUGCUGGGGCCUGCGGGGGCUGCGGCGGCACCCGCGCCACGAGUAGGGACCCGUGGGGGGGUUGGGGCCAGGAGGGCUCUGGGGGAGUGCUGUGCACAUGUGUGCCAGUGUAUGUGACUCUGUGCAUGUGUGUGCCAGUGUGCACGGCUCUGUGUGCACACACCGGUGCUGAGGUGCGCAGUGCUGUGCACACGUGUGUGUCUGUGCAAGGCUGGGUGUUUUCUGGUGAGCCCAGAUGUGAGUGUACACGUCCUGCUUUGCACAGUGUACGUGUGUGCUGGUGCGCCCAGCGCUGUGCACGUGGAUGUGCUGAUGUGCACGUGUGUUGUGUGCACAGCUGUGCACACGUGCGUUGAAUUGCACACUCUCAGGUGUGAGUGGGUCUGCGCACAGCUCUGUGCGUGUGGGUGUGCGCAGGCCCUGCAGGUGUGAGCGUGGCUCUGUGUGGGGCACGUGCAUGUUGAUGUGUGUGACACUGCACGCGUUGGUGUGCACAGCUCUGCAUGCACACGUGUUGGUGUGCAUGUGUGUGUUAAUGUGCACACGUUGGUGUGCACAGGCUCUGCGUGUGAGCAGGUCUCGUGCUUGUGGGCACCUGUGCGUCAGUACAGACUACGUGUGCGAGUGUCUGUGUGGCACACGUGUGCUGGUGUGCACAGCUCUACGUGUGCAUUGCUGGCAGGUGCUGCUGUGCACAGGGGCCCUGUGCAGCUGAGCAGGUACCUGUGUGUGUGCACCGGCUCUGCACGUGUGUUCCCGUGUGCACACACAGGCUGGGCACGCUCAGGGACGUGGCUCUGGAUACACAGCUCCAUGCAUCGGGCUGCUGUCCCACCUGGGAAAACUGACGUGUGUCUGUGUGUGUGUCUGUGUGUGUGUCACUACUGAGCUCUGCUGGCUGGAGUGGCCCCUGGCUUUCUGUACACUCAGUUCUCGUGGCUGAAUGAGACACCCAGGACAGGGUGGGUGCGUGUCCCCUCUCCUGUCCCCAUCCCCACCGUGUCGUGACAAUCCCACAGGGCUGCCAGUGGUGCUGCCAGUGUCGUCUUUGUCCCCACCGUGCCCUUCAGCCCCCACAGCUGUCCCCACCCCUCCCAGCUCGCUGCAGACUGGCAUCCGUGGCAGAGAUGGUGAGAGCCCAGCCAAGGGGAUGGGAACAGCCUGGACUAGUUGCCAUCGCUCCAGGACAGUGCUGGGCUGUGACACGGGACAGUGCUGGGCUGUGACACAGCACAUGCUCACCAUGGCAAAGGGACAACCCUGUGUGUGUGCCCUGGCACCGCUGCUGGGGUCCGUGGUGGCCAUUGCCACGCUCGUAUCUCCACUCUGGGGCCGAAGGACCCAGCUCCGAUUGCACUUGUCCCAAAAUAAAGCUCUAUUUUUGUUGUACUCCA